UUGCGGUGCGGACUGGUUUGGAUGGAGGGCACAUCGCGCAGAUGCGCGAUUUGGGGGUCUGGUGUCUGAUAUAUAAUAGUCAAGAUGUUGGUGGUUUUCUGGUUCUUUUUUGUUCACUUCAUUAUCUUGUGCUUGCUUGGAGAUCUUACAGCCAGAACCCAGAAAUUUAUUAUCGCUAUCGCUACCGCUACCACUUCCUUAAGUACCUUAUCGACGCCUCCUUAUUCGCUAUGUCGCACAUUUGCAUUGAAAAGGCACAGGCUUCUGCAGCCGUGCGUCGAGUUGCCCUUUUGGCCUCGAGGACACCGCUUUCUUUGGCUGGCAAACCCCGGAAAGGAGGGAACAAUGAUGGUGGUGAUGAUGAUGGAGAUGAUGCUGGAAUGGGCCUUUAGAGGUCGACGAAUUACGACGGAAUGGUAGUUGGGAUGGAGGGGUCAGGAUGGAGGGGUCAGGAUGGAGGGGUCGUCGAGGUUCGAGGGGUCGAGGGUUCGAGGGAUCUAUCAUAAUGCGGGGUGAUGAAACAUCAUCGUCCCGCAUCGGUACAACGAUUUCGUCGUCAUUAGUUGUCAAGGGUGGCUAUAUUCUUAGAGGCGAGCCAAUUGUGGAGGGUAGAAAGACCUGGCAGGUUCCGGCGUACGGUUGAUAUCCAUGGGAUUUUGGCAUUUUGGGAUCGGAGCGUUUGCUAGCAUUAUCGAACAGGAGUCGGUAGGGAAUCUUUUGGGUUGUGCAG